AUGAUGAAAAAUGUAACUGAAAUUUCAUUUGUUUUCUUUUUCAUUCUUUUCCAAAUUCGGAUAGAUACACUUUCACUGAAAGGAAAAAGGCUGGAUUUUCACGGAAGGAAUGACACCUUUGUCAGUCUGGCCCACACCAUUCCUGAACUCAGUCAACUCACAGCAUGCAUUGAUAUGAUGUUCAUGGCUAACAGCUCAAGUCACUGGAUGGCCUUCUCUUAUAUUUCUAAUAACACCCUCUUGGGCAGAGAAUACAUAGAUCUUGGACUUGCAGGGAAUCAUCAGCAGCUGAUAUUAUACAACUUGGGCAGGACCUUCCAUAUCAACUACCACCUGACUCCAUUUCAGUGGCAUACAUUGUGUUUGCUCUGGGAUGGUGUGAAGGGCAGGUUAAAGCUCCUUCUGAAUAGAAGAAGAAUGCUGGUCAUAAUGGAUCAGCCACACACUCUGACUCCUGGUGGGACUUUGGUUUUAGGGUAUUUUCCCAAGAGUGGAGAGAUCCAGGUUAAAAGCACAGCAGCUCACUUUACCGGAAGCCUGUACUAUUUUCAACUCUGGGACCACAUCCUUAGAAAUGAAGAGUUUACAAAGUGCUUACAUGGAAAUAUAGUUAGUUGGGAAGAAGAUGUUUGGAUCCUCCACAAGAUCAUUCCAACAAUUGACAGGAGACUGCACUGCUUUGUUUCUGAAAAUAUGACAAUUCAAGAAACAAGCACAACUGUUUCACAGCAAAUAGACUUGACAACUGCUUCCAAAAUCACUGGACUAAACCCACAAAAGACUACACAUUUCACCACAGUGAUGUCUAAAAGCAUGCCAGUAUUUGCAACCAAUUAUACAACUAUAUCAUAUCUCCAUACAACAAUACAACCACUGGUAACAAUGACUACAUCAAGUAAUUUAAAGCCUGUUAUAGCUAAAACAGCUACAUUUACAACUGAUGUUUCUACUUCAACAGCAAUCUCUUUGCCUAGCCAGAGUGCAUCCAUACUUACUACCACUGAUUCUAUGGAAAUAACUGAACACCCAUAUUCAGGAAAAACAAGCACAACAAAAAUGGUGGAGAUCAUGACUAAUGAGACCUUUCAUCCAACUAUAGCUACAGAUUUCUUUUCCACAUAUGGAAUUACUAAGAAUUCAAUUGUAUCUAAAAGUUUAGCAACUAAAUCCCAGUCAACUGUGAUGAAGACAACAUCUUUAUUCUCAAAGAAUGAAUCCAUAUCCACAUCACCUUGGCUGAAAAACAAAUCCACAGACAUCAUAGCACUAUCUACCUGUAAAUCUAGACAAGAAUUUCUUGUAUCUUCAAUUCCCAGAACUCGUUCUGAAUCCACAGAAAAAGAGACUUCAGCUAAAAUUGUGAGCAUUGGGACUGCAUCAGCCUUCCCACUUGAGUCUCUACUCACCUCUACAGCUGCUCCAGUGGAUUCUGCAUUUUCCGAAAAUCAGAUGACAUCUCCUUUGGCAACAACUGAUAUGGAAUUAGCAUUUACAGUUCAUUCACUGAUGCCUAUGGAAACUAUACCUGCCUUAAAAACAGUAGAAACAGAACUAACAUCUACAGAUUUCCAGGAUGUCUCUUCACCCAACAUGGAGAAGUCUAUAUCUGCCUUCAUGCCAAAGGAGACCUCAUCUAUGGAUACUUAUCCCAUGACAUCAUCUCAAGUCACUGAAACACAAAGUGGACAGAUAGUUGUUGAUAUCAUGAGUACACAUGCUCCUGGAAUAACACUUGCCCCUACACUGGCUCAAACUUCUGUUUACCCCACAGAAGAAGGGCCAGUACAUACUGAAAAUACACAAACAUCUGACCAACCCAUACUUGCUUUGACUUCCACUUCAUUUUCUACAUCGGCUGCAACUGAAUCAAGUUCCACAUCUGUAACUUAUGAAGCUGUCCAUCAAAUCUCCACCAAUAAGACUACAUGGACUUCUAGGCCAAGCCAGACACUGCUGACCCCUGUGAAUACAGCCACCAUGACCUCAUUUAUGCCUAAUGAAAAUUUCACAUUAUUAUCCCAUGGCAAUGUAACUAAUCCAGAUAAUUCAAUCAUGACUACUGGAGUCACCCCACUAGAAGCAUCCAUAGGGAGCAAGACUACUGCCAGUUCUGAUACUACUACAUCCAGAUAUACAACAGCUCUACUAAAAUUGACAUCACAGUGGUUUGGUAAUUUCUCCAGUGUUUCUGGAAACACAGCCAUAGCCAAUCUGUCUGAGUCUGAACUCAUCACCUUACUGCUAAAAACCAUCCCUAUGUCCACAGCAGCUGCAAAUGAACAUCUCUCAAUACCAAGGGAGACAGUUGUUCCAUCAUUAGAUAUGUCUACUCUUCCUGACAGUAAACAAAGUUUUUCUACUAAGCAGAGCACUUUUGAAACCACACAAUCAGAAGCAAAUGGUAUGAGCACAUUUGGUGAUAUAACAGUCCUUAUACCAAAGUCAGCCGCAACAGACACAUUCUAUGUCACUAUGACAAGAAAAGAAAUAACUUCUUGUGGUUUUAAGGGAAAAUCAACUAUAUCAUCAGUAGCUGAGGUUUCUCCAUCUUUAGCAAUGAUGGAAACAACCAAUGAAUCAGCACAAAUUGGGACAGCUUCUGUUCCUGUUUCCUUUUUUCCUGAUAUAAAAAAUUUGACUACAGUGUUACAUAAUGAAACUUCAACUACUGGGGUGGGAUUGAAUUGGCUUUCAACAACAGUGCUGAAAACCUCACCUAAUCAUUCAUAUAAUGGAAAUACAGAAACUUUUAAUUUGAACCACACCUAUACAUCACAUUAUAUUUCAGAAUCAUCUGAGGUGAAUUUAGGGCCAUUGCUCACUUCUGAGAGUAUACAGGUAUUCCCUGAACUCAUGAGUGCUUCUAACCCAAGGAUAUCAGGCACCAGUUUCUCUACUACACCUACAUACAUGUCAGCGAUGCCAUUGUCUACUGGUAUCUUGCCUCCACAGACUUCAGCUUUGCAUUCCUCAGCAACCCCUCUACAUAUUACCCACAUGGUCUCACUGCCAGUGAGUGUCUCUACUAUCAUCUCUCCUGUCACUUCUAUGAUGUAUGAUGAGACUAAGGUGACCACGUCUGAGCCUUCUUCAGUGACCACAUCUAUGCUCUCAGGUAUCUCGACUCUGUCAACAGCUACAAUGACAGUAUCACUGGCACAGCCACUGAAUCCAACAGCUUCCAAAACCAGCAAUACCAUACCUACCAAUAAAGACUCACUUCAUACCACUUCAGAAGCUGCAGUAUUUCCUACUACAACAGCAUUCAUGGCAGUUCCCUCUCUGACAGAAACUCUGAUACCCUAUCUGAGAUCCUCUACUCCUAUGACAACCAAGGUGAAGAGCACUGUUACCAACACUUCAUCUGACUUCGUAACUGCAUCCAUACAUACCCUUCUCUGCUCAAAACCUUCCCUUGACAUUUCUACCAUGUCUACUAUUCAUAUAAACUCAACAACAUCUACACCAGUAGCAAUUCCAACCAUAGGCCAAUUGGAGGAUACUUUAACCAAUGCUGUUAGCUAUCCCUCUACUUUCAGUGGUGCUGGAUAUAUUGGUUUGGCUACUGGCCCUACAGAGACCCUUGCUGUUGGUGAGACCAUGCACACACAUAACUCUACCAACAAGCUUACUACGUCAGUAGAUGCUUAUAUUUAUGAAUCUUCCACACAUUUUGUAAAUACACCAGUCCCCAACCAGUUGGUGACUGGCACCUCUGUACCUUCUGAUGAAGAGCAGGUGAGCCACUUCCUGGGGAAAACCCCUAAAACAAUGGAGGUGACAAAAAUUUUCCCAUCAAAGAAUUCUUUUAUUUCCCAUUACCAGACCACUACACCCUUGAAAAUGACAGACAUAGAGUCCACAAAUAUUCUCAGCCACCAGACACAUAUUUGCCAUCAAUAUGGAUCUCCAUCUGAUGGGAACUCAGUUGCACCUCCCACUUCUGGGAAUACACAUUCUGCAGAUACCUUGACCUCAAGUAACACAGUAGGUAUUCGUAUUUCAGAAAUAUCUACCAGUCCUGAGAAAACAGCUUUCCCUUCACGAGUUCAGACAACAAACAACAUUCUGUCACCUGAAAAAGAUAUCAUAAGUACCCUUUCAGGAUAUACUCACAGGACUAGGGAAACAAUAAUGAGUUCCUCCUCUGUGACUCACCCAAUUUCAUAUUACCAGGACAUUUCAUUAGUAGAUGUCACAACCUCCAUGACAACCAGAAUAUCUAAUCCUUUACUCAUCAACACAAUUCUUUCACACUUACCUUCACUUAAGACUCAUUCUGACCUAACAGCAGUUUCUUUUUCCACUCCUGGAAGCUGUUUUUCCAGAACUGAACUACCCAAUGCCAAUUUCACAACUGUUGCUCUUUCUAUUCCAAAUUCACCCACAUCACUUCCUGGAGAACCCCCCAUAGCCACAUUAACUCCAACUUACCAGGUAUCUUCAUUUCCAGUUAAUGUCACUGCCUUCACCUUCAAAAAGGCUUCUGCCACUUCCACAAUACUAAUGCUUAAGUCCUCUAAAACAACACACUCAAGUGGCUUGAAAAGCCCCUUUAUAGCUACUUCUGAGCCUAUGUCUGAGAAGUCCUCUAUGCCAAUUAAUGACUAUGUUUCCUUACCUAUAGCAGUUUCUUCUGGCACUGCUGCAAGAGUUGGGUCAUUUUCUACUUCAUUGCCUUCAACUAACCCUAGGACUACUAAGACCAUACAAUCAUCAAUAUUGGAUGUCAUGCCUGGGACGUAUGCUGGACCUCCUUCAACAAAUGCUAUGGCUUCCCUUCUUUUCCCUGAUUCAGAAAUUAUAGAGGUGUCCUCCAAGAUCACAAACACACCUGUUUUCUCUUCAACAGAGUCAGGCUUUCCAUCUAUGGAAACCAUUCCAACCACUAUCAUGAAUGGGUCAGGGACUUCAGUUGUAGGCACCACAGCCUCCUCUUUGCUCAGUUCUAAGAUCACUGAAGCUAAUUCCUCCACUCCGAAGACCAUGGCUUCCACAUUGCCAUCAACAACACAACAAUCAACAAAGGAGGAUGCUGCAACUUUGGGAAUACUAACUGGGGUUACUAACAACUUCCAAGCUACUGAGAGCAAUGCUAGAGGGACAGUUUUCCUAACUACUCAUUCCAGAACAACCAUCCCUAAAAGUGUGCUUACACCUACAGCUUCAGAUAGUCUUCAUACUUACCCAUCUUUGAGUGGCUUUAUGAAUACCUCUGGACCUACAGGAAGUGUGAAAAACACCACAACAUACAUUUUCUGUAAUACAGGAAAGAUGACUUCCUUGUCAGAAAUUACUUCCUUAACAACUGAUCCAACAACAAGUAGUACAUCUGUGAAUACUCCUGUUUUAUACCCUCCAUGGACCCAAUCCAGGGCAACACCACACUCUUUGACAUUGCCUCUUCAUUCACCUCAUAGUAGUAGGACUGAGGUUUUUACUCCAAAGAUCUCUCUUCCUAUAUCUCAAUUGGUUCAAUUUCCAUUGCUGGGAACAAGAAGCACACCUAGUAUUCCCCAGUUCCUGCAUACAACUUCAUGGCAUGCACACACAGUUGAAGAUUCUCAGUUGCCCAUUUCUACCACUAUGCAUGUACUUACAUCAAACAAAGUAGAAGCUAAGACCCUCCUCUUUAUUCCUGGGUCCUUAUUAACACUCAUAACCUCUCAAAGUAUUCCACACUCUAGAGAUGCUACAGCAAUGUUACCGAGUUCCACAUCAGAAAUUCUUCCUACCUUUGGGCUUUCUGAGAACACUUCAUUGUCAGUAUCAUCAAGCGCUCUUCCUACCACUCUGGAGGACAUAAAGUACACAUUUGAGAAAACAACCACAUCUGUAACCCCCAGAACCACACUCUCAUCAACUCCUUCUAUAAUGUCCAGGGCUACUUCAUCUGUGAUGGCUUGUAUCCUCUCUAGUUUCCCCUCAGGCUCCUCACUGACAACUGUAUCUAAUGCUCCUCAUGUUAUAGAUUCCUCUGUAGGAGAGGUGUUAGAAUCCACAUUUCCAGCUUCUGAAACAAUACCAACAUUACCAAAAUACCCACUAACUAACUUGGCAACACUAUCUUCUGGCAGUGGAAGCACCAUACUCACCAAAAUCACUCCUAUAUCUACACUGAGCAGCAUCACUAGUGGCUCCCUGACUUCUCUCCCAAUAGCUAUAAAACCCACAGGCAGCAGUUUAUACAUUUCCUCAUCCCCUGAGGCACCAUCAAGAACCACAGUGGCUGACAAAUCCAGAACUAUGUCUGAACUUCUGUCUUUUGUCAGAAUGAAUAUAUCAACUCCAACAACUGACCACAGCCUAUCUAUUGAUGCAUUGUCUCUACCUAUCCCUACAAAAGCAUCUUCAUGGAUCAGAGUCCCAGAUAUAUCAUCAUUACCUACUUUAAUUCCUCCUAAAGCCACACUAGUUCCCUUUAUCAAUAUAACCACAAUGACUACUACUGCUACUGGAGCCGUAUUUCCACUCAUGUCCACUGGAGUGACACAUCCUUCUACAGAAGCUGUGUCUUUACUAAUUGCUUCUUUUAAGACAACUUGGAUGGAUUCCACAUCUUUCAUUCUAUCUUCAGAAGCAUUGACUACACCAAUGACCACUGAGUCUACAGUUUCCUUCUACAAUAUUGACAUGAGCUUCUCUGUUUUUGAUGAAGAGCCAAGGGUCCUUAGUACCAGUGUUAUAAAUGAAUUUGCAAAAAUAUGGUUGAAUGCUAUAUUUCAGUACAGUGAAUUUUCCCUUGUUAAUCUGGUCAUUCAAAUUAAGAGCAGAGAUACUUCUAAGGAAGAAAUGGCCAUGUACCUAUAUAUUUUGGAACAGAGAGAAGGGGCAGGAAUGACUACAAUUUCCCAUGUACCAUACAGAUGUGUCUGUCAGGCCAUCAUAAAAGCCAAGUCUUCUUUAGCACCCAUGGACCUGAUCAGCAGGAUUAGAAAUAGAAUACAUGGGAACUCCACACACGGGAACUUCACACAAGAUCAAUUGACGUUACUAAUAAAGUCUGACUAUGUGGUAGUGAAAAAGCUAGAGCCAGGAAAGUGCAAUGCUGAAGAAACACCCUCUAAAUACAAAGGAACAUAUAAGUGGCUAUUAACUGACCCUACUGAGACAGCCCAAACACGAUGCAUUAAAAAUGAGAAUGGGAACGCCACAAGAAUUUGUUCAAUCAACAUCCAAUCUGGCAAGUCUCAAUGGGAAAAACCAAGAUUUAAGCAAUGCAGACUGCUUCAAGGACUCCCUGAGAAGAUUAUAGAUCUUGCUAAUAUUACCAUAAGUGAUGAAAAUGCUGAUGAUGUUGCAGAGCACAUCUUAAGUUUGGUAAAUGAAUCUCCACCUCUGGAUGAAGAAGAGACAAAGAUUAUUGUUUCUAAAGUAGCUGAUAUUUCAAAAUGUGAUGAGAUAAGUUUGACCCUAGCCCAGACUAUAUUACAAAUAAUCAGUGCUGUUUCAGAAAAGCAAAUUGAUUCAGCAUCCAGUCUACCUCAAGUAAGCAAUGACAUUCUGAGGAUAAUAGAGCAUACUGGUCAUAAGAUGGAGUUUGUGGGGAGGACUGCAAAUCUCACCGUGGCCAGGUUGGCUUUGGCUGUGCUUCGGGUGGACCACAGGUUUGAAAGUUUGGCCUUCAGCAUUCGUUCCCAUGAAGAAGUCACAGCUCCUGAGAUUUUCCUUGGUGAUGUCCCUCUUGGCAGAGUUUUGGCUUCCAUAUAUUUGCCCAAAUCACUGAGGGAAAGAAUUCCUCUUAACAGCUUACAAACCAUCCUAUUUAAUUUUUUUGGCCAAACCUCACUCUUUAAGGCCAAAAACAUCAGUACAGCAUUAACCACAUAUGUUGUGAGUGCCAGCAUUUCAAACAUGUCUAUUCAAAACUUGGCUGAUCCAGUGGUUAUCACUUUGCAACACAUUGAAGGAAACUGGGCUCAUGAUCAAGUUUACUGUGCCUUUUGGGAUUUUGACAAGAACCAUGGGCUAGGUGGAUGGAAUUCAUCAGGCUGCAAAGUAAAGGAAACAAACAUAAAUUACACAAUCUGUCAGUGUAACCACCUCACCCACUUUGGAGUUUUAAUGGAUUUAUCCAGGUCUACAGUGGAUGCAGUGAAUGAACGGAUAUUAGUGAUUAUAACAUAUACUGGAUGUGGGAUCUCCUCCAUCUUCCUGGGAAUUGCAAUGCUGACAUACAUUGCUUUUCACAAACUUCGCAAAGAUUAUCCUUCCAAAAUCCUGAUCAACCUGUGUGCUGCACUACUGAUGCUAAACCUGGCAUUUCUGCUGAAUUCCUGGAUGUCAUCCUUUCAGAAAGUGGAACUUUGUGUCACAGCAGCUGUUGCACUCCAUUAUUUCCUGCUCGUUUCUUUGACUUGGAUGGGACUGGAGGCGGUCCACAUGUAUUUUGCUUUAGUCAAAGUCUUCAACACAUACAUUCCAAAUUAUAUCCUUAAAUUUGGCCUAGCUGGUUGGGGAAUCCCAGCAAUCACAGUGGCCAUCAUACUCAGUGUGAGAAAAGAUCUGUAUGGAAUUCUGAGCCCAACAACUCCAUUCUGUUGGAUUAAAGAUGAUUCUGUCUUUUACAUCUCAGUGGUGGCUUAUUUUUGCCUCAUAUUUCUUGUGAAUCUCUCCAUGUUCUGCACUGUUCUUGCUCAACUGAAUUCUGUGAAAUCCCAAACCCAGAAGACUCGGAGGAAGAUGAUCCUGCAUGACCUUAAAGGCACAAUAAGCCUGACAUUCUUACUUGGCCUCACCUGGGGGUUUGCCUUUUUUGCAUGGGGACCUGUGAGGAUUUUUUUCAUGUAUCUUUUUGCCAUUUGUAAUACUUUGCAAGGAUUCCUCAUUUUCGUGUUUUACUGUGUGAUGAAGGAGAGUGUGCGGGAGCAAUGGUAUGUACACCUCGGUUUCAGGUGGUUGCAACUGGAUAAUGCUUCUGAUGGAAGCAGCAAGUAUGGGGUAAAUAUUGGGUAUAAACAUGACAGAUUGAGAAAAACCCUUCAGCACAAAUUGUUGACAUCAUCCCUCAAGUCAACUGCAACUAGUUCUAGUUUCAAAUCUAUAGGUUCUGCACCUGGUAUUCCUUCAGAAAUAAGCUUCCCUAAUGAUAUCUUUGAUGAAGAUUCCUUUUUCUCUUCUUUGAGUUGUGAAGUCAUGCCUAAGUCUUAUAUAAGAAGAAUAAUACCUGAAGAAAUCAAAGCAAAUCCCGUUCACAAAAAAAAAACAAUCUUUUUCAAUAAAUCUCAGCAGAGAUUCUCACCAGCCCUCAGCCAUGGAUUGGGGAAAAAUUUGAGUUUGUGA